AUGGAGAAGGUUGUUGCUUGUCUAUACAGAAGGCCUAACGCGCUUUAUAGGCUGAUUUGCUUCCCCUGGGCUGGAAGUGGCGCUACCCAUUUUGCAAAAUGGGGCAAACUCUUUGACAACUCAAUAGAAGUGUAUUCUGUAAGGCUUCCUGGAAGAGGCUCUCGUGCUAAUGAACCUUUUGCAAAAGACAUGAAAACUAUUGUUAAUGACAUUACUAGUGUUUUGCUUCAAGACUUGCAAGAGAAACCUUUUGCAUUUUUUGGUCACAGUUUUGGAUCAUAUGUUAGUUUUGCAGUUGCAGUACACUUGAAAAAAAAAUAUGGACUACAACCAGAGCAUCUUUUUAUAUCAAGUGCAGGUGCCCCACAUACACCAUAUUGUUAUCCUAUCCACACCAUAAAAGACCAAGACGAAGAAGAAAUUAUCAAAGUGAUACAGUCUCUUGGAGGUACUCCUCCUGACUUUCUGCAGAACAAAAAUAUUAUGAAAGACUUCAUUCCUGCAUUAAAAGCAGAUGUUGCAGUUGUUCAGGCCUUUCUCUCUGAGGAACUGGUAAUGGAUGGUCUCUCUUGUGACCUUACAUGCUUUGGUGGGUCUGAAGAUUUGCCAUAUGAUUUAGAAGCAUGGAAGGAUGUAACAAAUGGAGAUACCAGUAUUCACAAGCUUCCUGGAGGACACUUUUAUCUGCUGGACCCUGCUAAUGAAAUUUUCAUGGCAGACCAUAUGACAAAAUGUAUAGAAACUGUUGAUCUCUGA